AUGGAUCCUACACAAUUCAAGAAAAUUCAUGCCAUGAAGAGGUACAAGAGGCACGAGUUCCUGAACAAUUUGUAUGUGUAUUUUGUGAGUGCCUUAACUUGCACUGUGUUCUGUUGUGUCUCCUUCUGCAUGCCCUAUCUUUCUUCUCUUUUCCGGGUCUUUUUCCUGGUCCACAUCUCAAGUUUAAUACCAUUUUUGUUGAGCUCAAAGCUCUUAUUCAUCAUAGGCAACCUCAUCAUUUUUUUCCUUGUGGUAAACUCAAGAAUCCUUUCCUCGGAUUCCUCUUCAACUUGUGUUGUUUACUAUGAUGAGUACAUUCAGAGCAGCCAAACCCCAAAACCUUGUAUUACAACUGUUGAGGUCAUCCAAGGUAAAACAUUGGAGAAACAUGUUGGCGAAAUUUUGGACAUGAACAGUGUGGACUUAAAGUGCAAAGGGUGGGUGGAGAAAGGUGCUGAAGCAUCCGAAGAAGAAGACAACAUAGAUGCAGGAGAUGAACAACGUUUGAUUCCUUCUUGUUCCGAUGAAUUGAACAAAAGGGCUGAUGAUUUUAUUGCAAGAGUCAAUAGGCAGAGGAGGCUUGAACUUAGCCUUCUGAAUUAUGGUAGUUACUAA